UGCUUGCCUUGCAUUUGACAUAUAUACAUUGAAUAUAUAUCCAGAUCGUUGUGGUUGCAUUUGGCAUAUUUACAUUGAAUAUAUCCUGAUUGUUGUGGGUGACGGUAGUGUAUUCAUCAGAAACAUCAGUAUCAGGGUAUCAGAUACUUGUGGGAGAACAAUUUUGGCCCAAAUUUUCAUUGGUAAUGGAGAGUGAUCAAUUAAAGGUGAACAGAUCAAGCCUAGAGAGUGGGUUUGACAAAUGUAAAAGGCCUACAAAAACAUGGAAAAAGGGGCCUACAAGAGGUAAAGGAGGACCAGAGAAUGCUUUGUGUGAAUACAGAGGAGUAAGGCAGAGAACAUGGGGGAAAUGGGUGGCUGAAAUCAGAGAGCCCAAGAAGAGAGCCAGGCUUUGGCUUGGAUCUUUUGCUACAGCACAAGAAGCAGCCAUAGCUUAUGAUGAAGCUGCUAGAAGAUUGUAUGGUCCAGGUGCCCAUCUGAAUUUGCCUGAAAGGUACAACAAUUUGCAGCAGCAAAAGCCUCAAGCUUCAUCCAGUGCUAAUGGGUCAAUGUUGGCUACAUUGAUUGGAGAUGAUAGUAUUGCUAGAUCUAGGUAUAUUAGAGAAAAACUGUUAGGAUUCAAUAACUCCCCAGGUUUCAACCUGCAACCUCUUGGCUGCAAUUUUCUUGAUCUACCAACUUCAUCUUCAUCCCUUUCAUCCUACUCUAACACUAACCCAUUUAGAAUUUUGGAGGUAAGAACCAGGCCAUUGGGAGAGAGAGGAUCUUUACAGACUCAGCCUGAGCUAAAGGCAAGGACUCAACCAUUUUCAGAAAGGGGGUCUUUAGGCACUCAACCUAAGCUAAGGACUCACCCAUUGGCAGAGCAUUCAAUUAACCAGAGAGGAUCUUUAGGCACACAGACUGAGCUAGGGACAAGGUCUCAGUCGUUAGGAGAGCACCCAAUGAAUGGGAGAGGAUCAGUAGGUUCCCAAGCUGAUCUAAGGUUAAGGACUCAACCAUUGGGAGAGCCCUCCAUCAAUGGCAGAGGGUCUUUAAGCACUCAACCUAGACCAAAUUCAGGUCAUUUGUGCACCAGUUUAAAUGGGAAUGUGUGGCCAAACCUCCAUCACAUUCGGCAGAAGCUGCAGGAGAUGAAAUACCUGAACAACAAUUGUGAUGUAAAGGGUAACAACUGCCCAGAUCAAGCUCCCCUGUUAUUGAGUUAUGAUGACAAUACUCUCAGCAAUUACAAUUCUUCGGUUCCACUGUUGCAGAAGGGUCACAUGACUGAUGCUACUGCUCUUCCUCCUGAGAAUGCAGAGGUAAAUGAUUGCACUUCAAUGGCUUCCCAGCAGGUCGACCUGAGAGAGUUUUUAGAGCAGUUGGGAGUAAUUGAAGCUCCUUCUGUAAAGAAUAAGGAAGAUGAAGCAUACCCAUCAGUUUCAGAGUUCAUAUUACCCAUAGGCUCAAGUCAGUACUCCAGCAAAAUUGAAUCCUUUGACGAAACAUCAUGGGAUUCCAUUGCAGGAGUCUCUCUCCCCGAUUUCAUUGAAAAUGAUUAUCUUUUGGAGAACCAGCAUAACAUUGAUAACCAAAUCAGCCAAACCCAACUGCAGUCUUUUUCUGAAUCUAUUUGGGAUUUUGAAGAUCAACGGCAGGAGCAGCAGCAAAAUGACAUUGUGGAUUAUGAAAACUUUGAGAAUUGUCUUCCCACAAACCACCUUGUUAACCUUAUCUAAUUCUAGUUUUUAUGGAUCAUACAUUCAAUUUAGGGAAUAGCCCGAAGUGAAUUACAUUUGUAGCCGUUAGAUUCUAUGUUUUGUUAUUGCUUUAGAUGUAUAGAUAUGAAUGAGAAUUCAACUGCGAACGGAUACAAAAAAAAUUCGUUCUAUACAAUUAAAGCAUCUCUUUAUC